UGAAGAAAUUAUCAGUAUUGCUGUUUCAAGAGUCAAUGCUUCAUCUUGGGGCCAACUAUUUAACAUUAUUCAUUAUGAUAAAUAUGAUGUCUGCUUGGCCCCAAGAGAAAAAAGAAAGAAUUUUAGACCAACCUCUGAAUUGAACUUUCAACAAACACAACUCAAAUUUUCAUAAUUGUUUCUCUCAUCAACCUCUGACCAAUUAAUAUAACCAUUUUUGUUCAUUUCUUUCUUGUUUUUUUCCUUCUUCUUUCACCGGCACAGCAGCACCGACGAUUUUUUAUUCAAACCUUGGUAUUAAUGCAUUCUUUUGAAAACUAAGAGAAGGGAGAGUGCAUCAAGCCCUAAUUUAUGUUUCAUGUCAACAGCUGCUUCGUCUCCAUAAAUCCAUGCACUGAUGUUGAAGAUUAAGAAGGGCACAUGAUCAUAUCUGACAAGAGAAUCUCUACCUGCCUGUUGUGUCCUGUCUUUAGAGCUUCCAAAAUUCUUAACUUCCAUCCUUUGUUUUGCUUUGUUCUAUUUUUAAAGCUUGGAGAAAUUCUUGACUGAAAACCAUCAUUGCUGUUCAAUGGGAAACAAUGGAUCACCCUUUUCUUCUUCUUCUUUGGCUGCAGAUAAUCAUAACAGUAUACAGCAAUCUCAGUGGCUUCGGGCAACACUAUCAGACAUGAACAAGAGAAUGAGGGCCAUUAUGACCCUUUUGGCAGAGGAUGAAAAUUCAUCAGCAAAAACUAAGAAUUAUGAUAACCGGAGGCUGGAACUCUUUCAAAUGCUUGAACAUUUCAAUAAUUCUUAUUGUUCUUUAGCUGAAAAAUACGAUCGGUUGAGGUCCAAGUUAUGUCAUGUAACUGAUUCAGGGCUCAUCCCUUCAUCUUCUAACGCUAAUAACAAGACAAGAUUGGUAGGAGGUCUUGAUGAUCCUAAACCGGAGCUUUCUGUUUCCUGUCUGGAUUCCAUUCUUAGCGAUGCUGAUGUUGAUUGUGAUAAUGAAAAAGCUAUAGAUUUAUGCGACAAGAAAGGUAUCAAUAAGAUCAAUUAUAAUAACUUAGUACGAGAUCAGUCUAUAGAUGCGGAUGUCCUCAAAGCUAGUUCUGAGCAGGGCAAUAGUUCUGAGCACGGAGGUACAUGGUUUGAACUCAAGUUUCAAGUUACAAACCUGAUGGAGGAGAAUCUGAGGCAGCAGGCCGAGUUGGCUAGGAGAAAUAUUGAAAAGAAACUAAUCAUUAACAGGCUGCAGUUGCAGCUAGAACAUCUGAAGGGUGAGAAUAAAGACCUCCAAAGUUGUAUCAGCUGCUUAAAAGCUGUCGACAAGGAUAAGCAAUUUCAGAUGUCAAAACUAAGAAGGAUGUUUUCAGGUAGUUCAUAGGUUGAGGAUGUUCAUGAAAAAAUUUCAGUUGCCGUUUCUGCUCCAGCAUAUAUUGUAGUUCAUAUCAGAUACAACUCUAAUUUCCAACAUGAAAAAUAUAAGAGCAUCCUCUGGAAAAAAAUAUAUGGGAAUUAAUUUUCCCACAUGGUUGUCAUCCUCUUUGCAGUCAUAAAGUGACUAUGUUUCAGAUUUCAACUUGAUUCAUCAAUGAAUUUCUUGAGUUCUACAA